UUCUCAGGCCUAUGGUAUGUGGUCUCCAUGGUGUCCGACUGCAAAGUCUUCCUGGGCAAGAAGGACCACCUGCUGAUGUCCACCAGGGCCAUCAAGGCCACUGCGGGGGGUGACCUCAGUGUCCACAUGGAGUUCCCUGGGGCAGACAGCUGUAACCAGGUGGACGCCGAGUACGUGAAGGUGGGCUCCGAGGGCCACUUCAGAGUCCCAGCCUUGGGCUACCUAGAUGUGCGUGUGGUGGACACAGACUACAGCUCCUUCGCCUUGGUCUACAUCUACAAGGAGCUGGAGGGGGCCCUCAGCACCAUGGUGCAGCUCUACAGCAGGAGCCCAGAUGCGAGUCCCCAAGCAGUGAAGGCCUUGCAGGACUUCUACCCAACGGUGGGGCUCCCUGAUGAUAUGAUGGUCAUGCUGCCCAAAUCAGAUAUGUGCUUCCCCAAGGACAAGGAGGCACCCUGA